AUGACUAUCACCACUCUCCGUGAAUUGUAUCCUGUAGAACUCUAUUCAUCCACUCGCCAUGAGCUCGGCAUGUACCGCGGCGUGGUCGUCUCUGCUCGAUACUCACCAGCCAUCACUGCCUCCGAUGAUCUCGCAUCGAGCCCGGCGCUCCUCUCCGCCGUCACAUCUCUGGUCCUGGACAAUCCUAUGCUGAGAGUGGGAAUCAUUAAUGGCGAGAACACAGGCGCCGAGUUUACCUUUAUCCCAAAGAUUGAUCUUUCCAAGCACGUCUUCUUCCAAACAAUGCCUUGCGCUUCCAUGGAGGAAUAUCAAGCCAUUGUUGCAAAUACGCAUGGUGAACUCGCAGACGAAGUAUUUGAGGACCUUGCGUCCACACCACCAUGGAAGAUUGUUCUUACCAAGCCUCAAUCCAAUUCCUCAAGCUUUACCGCUCCCGAUGUUCAAGACAUUCUCUUCUCCUACCACCAUUCCAUGCUCGACGGCAUGGCCGGCCGCCACGUCCAAGAGGCACUGAUUUCCUACUUGACCGAACAAAAGGACAUCAAGUCAGAUAUGCCACUUGUGUUGGAAAACCUGCAGCCCCCUCAGCUCCCCAACCCCGAAGAACUUGCCGUGCCCUUCACUCUCUCCGCCUCAUACAUGGCCUCUGUCCUGUGGAAAGAAUUCGCUCCCGCCAUGCUCAAACCUGCCCCUGCAAAUAUCUGGUAUGGCGAGCCAGUGAAUCGGUCGCUCCUCUUCAAGUCCAACGUUCGCUGUAUAAACAUGCCUGCCGCUACGCUCAAGGCCCUCCUGGCAGCUUGCAAAGAGCACUCAACUAGCCUCACGGCUCUGCUUCAUGUCCUGAUUCUCAAGUCCAUGGCAAAGCAGGUUCAUGAUGCGCCUGGCUUCAACACGGCCACCCCAAUUAGCAUGAGGCCCUAUGUGACAGACGGCGCCCCAGAGACCACGCUUCGCUGUCUGACAUCGAGCUUCAACUAUCACGUCUCCGCAGCUACUCUGGCCACCUUCAAAGCUGGUGCAACUGAUGAGGAUGUCUGGAAGACCGCCAAGCACUUUAGAGAGCUCCUUUCUAAAAAGGUGAACUCGCUGCCUGCCGACGAUAUCAUGCCCAUGCUCAAGUACGUUUCUGAUUGGCCUACAUUCUGGGGCAAGAAGGACGGCAAGGCUAGACCUGAUAGUUGGGAAAUCAGCAACAUUGGCAUUUUGCGUCUGCCCAAGGAGGCCGGUAAAUGGACUGUCAAGAGUGCCCUCUUCUCUGGAUCGUGCAUGGUUGCCGGUGGACCAUUCUGCCUAAACACGCUCACUGUUGCUGGUGGCGAGAUGACCAUUGCCAUUACUUGGCAGCAGGACAUUGUGCCUGUCGAGAUGAUUGAGCAGUUGUCUACUGACUUGAAGGCAUCUUUCUCCAGCUUCGUUGAGUCAAAGACUUUCUUUUAG